UAGAUAUAACCAAGGAACGUUUACCCAAUAGAUAUUAUAACCAACUAAAAAUGCCCUUUCACUGCUUACAAUAAAACGUAGUUGUCAAUUAAAAGACAGACCUAAGUUGCCAAUUAGGAAAUUUUCCCUAUAUGAGAGGACAUUUUGGAAAAUAUUGUUUUAUCGAGAACAGUGCUACAGUAGUUGAAUGUGUAAAGUUUCUUUUAAUUUUUAAACAAAUCUAUUAGUACUGAGACUUAUCAGAUGGAGACAGGUUUUUUUAUUAAAUUUUCAAUAACCGAAAUGUAGCACAACCUAGGCCCCUUCCGUAUUAUUUAUCUAGUUCGUCAAAUUCGUUUGGAUACCCGAAUACCGUUUUAUUAUAAUCGUAUCAUUCAUCGAAGAAGGUAAUUUUACAGGCAAAUUCUGGAAACCCUAAGUCGCAAACAGUAAAUAAACAGUAAUAAUAUCGUGUGAGUCAGAUUUAUUAGGAAACUAGAUAAACAAGUAAAUAGGAACUGAUAAACAACAAUGUGAACUAAAUUAUUGUAGUGUGGAAUUUGUUAGACUAAAAUGUCUGCGAGUGAAAAAUAUGUGGAGCACAGUAUUGAACAUUACCAACAGCGGUACAACUGGGACUGCGGAGUGUCCUGUGUACUGAUGUUGCUGCCGCGGGAGCAGAGGGAGGAAUUCCUCAAUAACUUUGAGGAUAUCUGCGAGGACGAGGGCUUCAGGCAGUCCACAUGGACUAUAGAUCUCUGCUAUUUAUUGAAGAGAUUUGGUAUCAAGCACAGCAUGUACACUACAACACUGGGAGUGAAUGAGAACUGCAGGAGACAUGGAUACUACGACAAAAUAAUUCAUAAGGACCGUGACCGGGUACUACGUCGUUUCGACGAGGCUACAUCCCAGGGCAUCCACGUGAGGAAGCAGUCGCUCGGCUACCACGACCUGCUCCAACACCUGCAUACAUCAGGUCCCGUCAUACUUCUGGUUGAUGCUACAUUGCUUGUCUGUGAUCUCUGCAAGCAUAAUAAAUUGAAGGUCGAGUUCAGACGUUGUUUCGGCGGUAGUUACGCGGGCCACUACAUCGUGGUGGUGGGGUCCCGCGGCAGUAAGUUGUUGUACCGCGACCCGGCCGUGUCGGCGCGGCAGUGCGCGGCGGCCGCGCGGCGCCUACUGCGCGCGCACGGCGCCGCCGGCACCGACCGGGACGCAGUACUGGUCCACAGGGACUACAGGUAA